AUGUAUGUCCGUCCUUCUGAUGAUCGAAUAAAUUUUUAUCAAGAUUCUGAUGGAGAUGUUGUCGGCUUUGAAUAUUUACUUUUCGCUCAAUUCGAAUUCAUUGGUUUAUCUGUCCGUAAAAAGGCAGCUAAACCACUUUUUAAGGAUAAUGAUGGGAAGGGUAGUUUUUUAAAACAAAUUACUUGGAUUGCUGUGUCUUACAUGCAAAUGACUGAAGAACAGGUUGAAACUUGGUCGUCAGACGCAAAUCAAUUUGUCGCCGAUGAUGAUGAUGAAACUUUUAAUUAUAGCGUUAGGAUCGCAGCAAUUGAUUUAUUACAAGUAUUGCUAGAUAAAUUUUCGGAACAAACUUUGCAAGCCCUUGCUGAUACAGCCCAGCAUCUUAUAGAAGAAUCUGAUAAAGCACGUGCUACUUGUGAUAAAUGUUGGUGGAAAAUGCAAGAGGCUUGCUUAAAAGCAAUCGGUUAUGUUUCUGAGGAAUUCAAAUCAGCAAUUCAAGAGUCAAAAGUGAAUUUUGACCUCACUGGAUUAUUUGAACACGUUGUGUUUAAUUAUGUUACUGCAAUAGAUAUUCCUUUUCUUCAAGGACGAGCAAUCGUGUUUGCUAGUCAGUUUGCUACAUUCUUAUCAGAAGAACUUGCGGCACGGUAUAUUGCUGCCACUGUCGAUGCAAUCCAACGAAUCGAAUCAAUUCCUGCCAAAGUAUCUUCGUUAAAAGCGUUGCAGAAUUUCUGUCGUUAUUUAGAUACAAAAUAUGUAGCUCCAUAUCAAUCUAACAUAAUUGAAGGAGUGGCAACUCUUUUGAAUGUUACAUCUGAAGAUUCAUUAAUAUUAGUACUAGAAACGUUAGAGUUUGCGAUCAAAAUAAAUUAUGAUGUAACGGCCAGAUAUGAGCACGUGAUAGGACCAUUAGUAAUUGAUGUAUGGAUGAAAAAUCCUACUGAUCAUCUUAUUGUUUCUGUUAUAACAGAUCUUUUUGAAUCCUUAGCAAGCAACACAGCUGCAUAUGCCGCGUUUCAGUCCAGAGCAUUACCUACUUUAGUCAAUAUAAUAAACAAUGCUACUGAAUCUGCAGCGGUUGCGUCAGCAAUAGAUCUAAUAACAAGUUUGGUUAAGGGUGGACCUUCACCUUUGCCUACUUCGUACGUUGAACAUAUAUUUCCUUCGUUAAUACAUUUAAUGUUAGUACAUGAAGAUAGGAGUAUUUUACAGAACGGCGAAAUUUGUUUGAAGUACUUUAUACAAAAGGAUUGUGAACAUAUCUCACAAUGGAUGGAUUCAUCUGGAAAAACAGGCUUAGAUUAUGUAAUACAAUAUAUUGCAAAAUCUCUUCAACCAAGUCAGAGCGAGUCUGCUUGCUUUCUCGGUGAUCUAGUUGUCAAACUAAUCAAUAAGGCGGGUAAUAGGAUUGUUCCUGUACUUCCAGACCUACUUAAAGCAUCCGCUACCAGGCUAGAAGGAGCAAAAACUGCCACUUUCAUACAGUCGUUAGUUAUGAUAUUUGCGCACUUAAUGCUAAGCCAGUUGUCGACAGUUGUCGAAUUCUUGAGUACGUUGGACAUCAAUGGUCGAAAUGGAUUAGAAUUAUUACUUAAUAUUUGGCUCGAAAAUCACGAGAGUUUUCAGGGGUAUUAUAGUAUUAAAGUUAGUUCCAUUGCAUUAUCAAAAUUAUUUCUUUCUGGUGAUCCACGAAUACAAGGUAUCCAAGUUAAAGGUGAUUUAAUUGUCACGAAUUCCUCUAGGAUUAUGACUCGAUCAAGAACUCUAACAAAUCCUGACCAGUAUAUCUAUAUUUCCGCCAACUGCGAUGAAUGGGAAGAUGUAGAAGAACCUUCACCAUUCGCCCCAGCAGAAGAUUACGUUGUUCUUUCUGAAUACAUAGAUAAAAAGGGAACAGAAAUAGACCUUGAUGAUGACCCAGAUGUGAAAGAUGACCCAGUUUAUCUUACGAAUCUUAGAGAAUAUCUUACGGACUUUUUCCGUCAUUGCGUAAUUCAAAAUGAAAAUAAUUUUGUUCAUUUUUGUUCCGAUUUAAAAGAAGAAGAACAACAAAAAUUACGAUUAUUAGUUAAUGACAAAUAA